AUGUCUUUCCCAAACUAUCACAUUACACCGCUUGUGGCGACCUAUCUUGUUCCUGUGGCCAGCUUACGUCCACAUCCCAGUCCUGCUUCGUCUUCGAAAACCAGCGCAACUCACACAGCACCUUCAUCAUCGACAAAACCUUCCACAUCAUCUUUUCUCACAGCGUCUAAUGCGAAACAGAGUGCCGCAAGUUCAAUAUCCAGCGCAUCAUCAUCGUCGUCUUGGAAUGCUGUGGCCCCCAACACCUCUAAUGGCACCAAAAGCGGCGGUUACGGUAACCUGGUGACCGAAAAUGACAACGACAACGACGGCUUGCAGUACUGGCUGGGACCGAUCCUCGGUAUUGCAGCAGGACUGGUGCUGACGUGUGUUCUUAUGGUUAUCUUGAUACGCCGACAGCGGCAACUAGCUCGUAAAGGAUGGGACGCUGGUAUAAGUCAAAGCUGGUCUAGUUACAGCGGGAGUGAUAAAAACAGCAGCCACCUGGAUAUUGCCCCCAUUCCACCCCCGGCCUACUAUUCCAGGGCCAUCCCCAGAGAUGCGAAGCGACUCACAGCAGACACGCUCAUUGGUGCCAUUAGAAAAUCACAGUACAUGCCACAACUGGCCUACAGUCCCAGUGUGAUUUCACGCAGCAACACCCUCGUCGACCAUUUACCUCAAUACAUUGGCGAUGAAAAAAAGAAGGGAUUCAUCGAACCAGAGUAUCGACCACGAAUUCCGACGUAUGAACCUCAAAUGGCAAGUCAGGUCGUCACCAUUGACGAAUCGUGCCCUUGCGAAUACCCCACCGGAAGUUUCGAUCAGUUAUCGUCGCGGCAAUGUUAUCCUUCCGGAAACAGUAACACAAGCACACAAUAUCCCACGGUCCACGGCGGACCUUCGGCAGCCCACACAGACUCAGAUCCAUAUGAAGGUUUAUAA